AUGACGGGCGGCGACGCCGCUAUGGCGCAGGCAGGCUCGGCCGCACUCCUAAUUGAGGGGUGUUACAUUUACCACCAUGGGUUCCUCAAGGCUGGUUAUUGCUAUGGUCCAUUCAAUACAUUCUUCAACAUCAUUGUUAACACUGUCUGGUGUGAUACCAUUUUUCCUGCACCAGGAGCACUCGAGCUUGACAUGAUUUGCACUCGGAUUCUUAUACGUGUUCAGUCUCAGUCCUUGGAUGGACUCAUCAACCUGUUGCGUGCCUGCAUCUCUGGAAUCUCGGAACAUGAUGCCAUGAUUUAUUUGCUCAAGAGUAACCUAGAACCUUCUCAAGCAAUUCAGAUGGCAGGAAAAGAUGGAUAUGAUACAUCUAGUUGGGAUGCCACUGCAUACAAAGCUGCAGCAGAUGCAUCAUCUCAUCCUCAAAUUGAGGCGUAUGUACAUUUUGUGAUGGAAUCGCUACCUAUGGUGGAGUCUGCUAUCAGGAAAUUGUUGAGUACACAGACACUCUCUUCCGGCAAGAUUCUUCACCUCUCGACAUUGUUGUCAUCUUCAAGGAGUCAUCCUUCUAAAUCGUUGGAGCUAACUGAUGAGUUAACAAAAGAUGCCCUGGAAAUGGUCUCAAGCUACAAAGAAAAAUUCUUCUCUCAACAGAACUUUGUCCGCAAAAAGGUUGAAACUGCAUUGCUGAAUUGUGAGCAAACUAAGUCCGUUGCUGUUACUGCGAGUUUGAAGGUACUAGAAUUGUGCAUCCAGUUCAGAGUUACUCUGGAGGUGUCAUGGAUUUUGAGAAGAUGGCUACAGGAAGACAUACUCUCACCAACUCGCGAAUUAUCAGUCAUGGGGAGCUAAUAGCUUGCAGUGGGCAUAUUUGUAGAGGACUACAUCUAUUUUGAUCCUGCUAGGGAUGCCAAGUUUAUUCGAGCUAUGAAUAAGACAGCUUGGGGAGAGAAACUCAACUGGGGAGAUGAAAUUAGGGGGAUCAAACAAAAAGUAGCAUUAAAAAUGGAUUUAUAUCCUUUUAAUUCAUGUAAGCCUUUUGUUUAGUAGGGUUGGAAAUGUAUUUGAAUGGUACUGCCAACAAAACCUUGCAUCUCAUGUUACUUAUGUGUAUGCACCCUUGUUGGGUUUUUAGGCU